AUGUCAACCUCCGCCGCUAGUCAACAAGAGCCGAGGCAGUCAAAACCAGGGGAGAAAGCGGCACCAAAACGAGUUCUGUUUAUCGCAGGAGGCGUAGGCAUUAACCCCCUAAUAAGUAUGUUGCGCCAAAUUGCGCUCGACUUCCAAACCCGAAGACACAGUCCAGAAUUCGACAUCAAAUUCCUCUAUACGACUCGUGAUCCUGGUGUUGAAAAUAGGGGGCGGAUUUUAUUCCUUGAGCCGAUUAGCAAGGCGAUUGUGGGGUUAGGUGAACGAGCAGAGUUGGAGCUAUUCUUGACGGGCAACGAACAGGAGAAUGGAGAGGAUUAUGUGAGGGUCAGCGAUAUGAAUAUCCCUUUCAAGCGGAGGAGGAUUAAUCCAGGAGAUUUACUUGAGGCUUUGGGGCCGGUGGAGGAGAGAGAGGAUGUGGUGUGCUACGUUUGUGGGGUGCCGGGGAUGACAGAUGCAUUUGUGGAAAUACUCAAGAAAGCGGAGGGAAUGGAUGAGAGAAAUAUUUUGUUUGAGAAGUGGUGGUAA